UAACAUUUUUAAAAUCAAUAAUGUGGGGCCUGAACCCUUGGCUUUCCUAUUGCAUUUGGCUUUGUUGUGGAUGCCAUGAAGUUUUACCUGCUCUUUUUUACUCUUUUUAUCUUGGUUCCAGAGAAGCAUGUCUUCACUAUUCCAAGGGAUGAAGUUUUGUGGGCUCUCCCACAAACUGAUGAACAAGUUAAAGCUCUUCAGGAUUUACUGAACACCCCUGAGGUCAUUCUCUGGCAACCUGUUGUUGUUGAAAACAUCAAGAAGGACAGAGAAGUCCAUUUCUAUGUCAGGGCAUCCAAAAUAAAUAGCAUAAAAGCUCAGUUAAGGCAACUGACCAUCCAACACAAAGUCUUGAUGGGAGAUGUUCAAGGAAUUAUUGAAAAACAGACUGUCAAUGACACAAUCAGUGCUCGCGGAUCUUCCUCGUACUAUGAAAACUACCACUCAAUGAAAGAAAUAUAUCGUUGGAUGGAGGAAGUAGUGAAAGUCCACUCUGAUCUCCUCCAGAAAAUAUAUAUUGGAUCAUCCUAUGAAAAGCGACCGCUUUAUGUUCUGAAGAUUUCUAAAAGCAUGGAAAAAUCAAAAAAUGCCAUAUGGAUUGACUGCGGUAUUCACGCUAGAGAAUGGAUUUCUCCUGCUUUUUGCCUGUGGUUCAUAGGUCAUGUAAUCCAUGUGCGUGAGAGAGAUCAGACCAUGACAACCCUCCUGGAGCACUUUGAUUUCUACAUCAUGCCCGUGAUAAAUGUGGAUGGCUAUGAGUACACGUGGAGCCACCCCUCUAAUCGCCUGUGGAGAAAAAGCCGCUCAUCGCAUGGUAACAGCAAGUGCAUUGGUACUGACAUGAACAGAAAUUUUGAUGCACAUUGGUGUGGUCCAGGAGCAUCUCACUCUGAAUGCCAGGAGAUUUACUGUGGACCCUACCCAGAGUCUGAGCCUGAAGUGAAAGCAGUGGCUCGCUUUGUCAGAGACCACAAAGACACCAUUAAAGCCUACAUAACCAUGCACUCCUACUCCCAGUUGGUGUUGUUUCCAUAUUCUUACACUAUGAACAAAAGCAAAGACCAUGAGGAGCUGGAAAGUCUGGCACAGAAAGCAGCUAAAGCUAUAAAGAGGACGACUUGGAAAACUUACAGACCUGGUGCUGGUGCACAAACAAUCUAUUUAGCUCCUGGAGGGUCUGAUGACUGGGCUUAUGAUCUUGGCAUUAAAUAUUCUUUUACCUUUGAGCUUCGUGACACGGGAACUUACGGAUUUUUGCUUCCUUCUCGAGAAAUCAAGCCAACUUCCUUAGAGGCACUUUCUGCUGUCAAAGAAAUAGCUCAACAUGUUCUACAAAAUUUGUGAUGUUGAAUAUAAUUUAUUCCAGCAUGACUGCAAUUAGUUAUUUACAAAAAUGUAAUAAAAAAAAAAAUCUUGCUUCUUUAUUAAAUUUCUUU